UGUGGAUAGCAAAGUUUCCAGUUUGGCGACACACCUUGAGAGCCGACGUGGCCGUGCUAGGCAGCUAGCACUAACAUUGGAUGGCCACCGUGAGGAGCUAUCUACACUCUCUCACCAUUGUGCCCGUCACCACCGCUGCGACGGCUGGCUCGGCACCACAAAAGAACACGCGCUUCUUCCCCGCCCAAAUCGAAAGAAGGAGCCGGCACACAACGCCCCGGCUCGCCUCGGAGGGCUCACCGAAUCCCGAUCCCCACGGCGGAGAGUUCGUCGGAAAACAAGAUAUCAUCGCUUACAGCUUUUUCAGCAUGGAGCUCUGCACAGCUUCUGUAUCUAUUUCACCACAUCGCCCCAGUCUAUCAACGUCUAGCCGUCAAGUGCCAUAUACUCGAUAUACCGGUUCAAGAUCCUGUAUUUCCAGAAGGACAAAGCGAUUUUCACUCUAUGUCAUCAAUGCUGCAUCAACUAAUGCCCCGCUCUCUUCUCGGACCCUACCCACGCAAACUAAUGGCGCAGCUGCGAAAGGCAUGCCCAGCAAAAAACCCAACAGUGCACUGGAGCAACUUGAUAUCGAGCGUGGUGUCUGCGUGCCUUUCCGAAAGUACUCCCCGGAAAUGGUCAGGAGUAAAGUCUUGGGAUCAAGUGGCUCUGUACUAUCCCUCGCUAGUCGGGGAGUGGAGAUCAUUUGGAAACUAGGAUUUUAUUGGUCAUCUCUGGUGUAUGACUACUUGGUUGGACGGGAUGAAGAAAUUGUUCCAUUCCGCGCCCGCCAGCUCCGCAAUCUUUUAUGUGAUCUCGGGCCGUCAUUCAUAAAAGCAGGACAGGUUCUAGCUAACAGGCCUGAUAUUAUUCGUGAGGAUUAUAUGAGCGAACUGUGUAUCCUGCAAGAUGACGUUCCUCCAUUUGCUAACCAGGUGGCCUUUUCCAUAAUUGAGGAGGAACUUGGCCAGCCUCUAGAACAACUAUUCAGCAAAAUUUCAUCAGAAACAAUAGCAGCUGCAAGUCUGGGCCAAGUCUACCGUGCCACGCUAAGAGAAACCGGCGAGGAUGUUGCUAUCAAGGUUCAGAGGCCAGGGAUUGAGCCAAUAAUAUUCCGAGAUCUGUUCCUUUUCCGCACUUUGGCUUCCUUUUUGAAUGGGAUUAGCCUUCAAAAACUAGGCUGCAAUGCAGAGCUUAUUGUUGAUGAAUUCGGUGAAAAACUUUUGGAAGAACUUGAUUACACUCUUGAAGCUAGAAACAUCGAGGACUUCAUAGUAAAUUUUAAGAAUGAUCCAACUGUGAAGAUCCCUCUAGUAUAUAAUAAGUUUUCAGGUUCUCGUGUUUUGGUGAUGGAAUGGAUAGAUGGAAUCAGAUGCACUGAUCCACAGGCUAUAAAAGAAGCUGGGAUUGAUGUAGAAGGCUUUCUCACAGUUGGAGUGAGUGCAGCACUGCGCCAGUUGCUCGAAUUUGGCCUUUUCCAUGGAGAUCCACAUCCUGGAAAUGUUUUUGCGAUGCGAGAUGGCCGUAUUGCUUACGUCGACUUUGGCAAUGUUGCCGUCCUUAGCCAGCAAAACAAAGAAAUCCUGAUUGAUGCUGUAGUUCAUGCUGUAAAUGAAGACUAUGCAGAAAUGGCAAAUGACUUCACAAGGCUUGGUUUUCUUGCUAGUGGAACAGAUGUUUCCCCAAUUAUCCCAGCUCUGGAAGCUAUUUGGCAAAACUCGGCUGGAAAAGGCUUGGCAGACUUCAAUUUCAGGAGUGUGACUGGGAAGUUUAAUCAGCUCGUGUACAAUUAUCCUAUCCGCAUCCCAGAAAGAUUUUCUUUGGUCAUUCGCUCUUUGUUGACACAAGAAGGAAUUUGCUUUACUCUCAAGCCUGAAUUUAAGUUCCUUGAGGUUGCAUAUCCGUAUAUAGCAAACCGUCUUUUGACAGAUCCAAAUCCUGCUCUCCGUGAACGGCUGAUACAGGUGUUAUUCAAAGAUGGAUUGUUCCAGUGGAAACGACUAGAAAACCUUAUAGUUCUUGCCAAGGAAAACGUGUCAAAGAUGAGUACCAAUCCUGCACUGAAGAGCAAUAGCCUGCAAACUGUGUCAAGUCAAAAACUGGAGAAGAAACUGGAUCUCACUGACACAAUAAAAGAUGGAGCACGACUGUUCCUUAUUGAUUCUGGGAUCAGGAGACAACUUGUGAUGGCUUUCACCGAGGACUCCAGGUUGCACGUAGACGAGCUUGUUGAUGUAUACAAACUGGUGGAAGAUCAGAUAGACAUACCUUCGGUUGCUCUUGAGGUUCUCCAAGAUUUACCAUCCGUCGCACGCGAUUUCAUGCUUUCGUGGAGUGAUUCUGUUCUGUCGGAUCGCUAAAACUAACCCAGCCAAACAGCUGGACAUCAAGCGAGACCUGCUAGUUAGGAACAGCAAGAAACUUACCUCGAGUUAAUCUGCAUAGAGAUAUAGAUAGAUAGACAAGAUUCUUCCCCUAUUCUUUGGUGGGGCACUCCUGUAUAGCCAGGGUGUAUAGCAAGGUUUGCUCGACUGAUCUGUACGUGCCACUUGUAUAGUGGAACCCGGACUUGUAUAUAACUUUGAGUUUGUAAUAUUCUGGAACGAAAACAGCAUACAGGUAUAGUAUAUGCAAAGGGGUGUGCUGAUUUGUAUA